AUGCCAACACCCAAUUUCGGCACCUUAGAGGACCGCAAUGAGCCGGCUCGUAAGCGGCACGCCAAGCUAUUCCACAGAAAGACCAGGACAGGGUGUCAGCGAUGUAGAACCCGCCGCGUCAAAUGUGACGAAGGCAAACCGAUAUGCUCCAAUUGUAAGCGGCUGGAUUUGGUAUGCGAGUACGCCCAAGUCGCCGCCGCUCCGAGAGAUGCCCCAGAACGCUCUUUAGAAAAGAAGAAACUGCUUGAGUCAGAGAGCAUAGAAUCAGAAUCUCGUCGAAAGGUGGAACUGGAGUUAUUCUAUCAUUACAGCACUGAGACAGGAAAGAGCAUAGCCAUUGGCGAAAGCACCCGGGACAUCUGGGGUCCCAUCAUGUGCCAGGCGGCCCUUCGAUCAGAUGCUGUGUUGAAUUCGAUUUGCCUUUUAUCGGCUCUACACAAGUCCCAUAAAGAAAUGAUUUCUUGGACUAAGGAGGCCAUCGACGUGGAGAAAUGCACAUCUACCUAUCUUCAUCUAGCUCUCAACGCGCACCACAGAGACCUCAGCCAUUUAACAGCAGAUAAUAUUGAUUAUGCGUGCCUCGCAUCCAGCGCAUUUCGAGUCUACGAUUUUCACCGACUCCAAAACCGAGCCUUAAAGCCAUAUGCGCCUCCAGUAGAUUGGCUGCGUAUGACAGGAGCUACCCAUAUUGUGUUUCUCCGAGCCAGGGAGCUGGCAAGGGAGAACCCAGAAUCAAUUGGAUGGAAAAUGACAUCUGGCGCAUUCUAUGUCGUGGAGGAGAGGCAAAAACUGCAACACUCAGAGGAAUUAAUUCAUAUAUUGGAUUAUCGUGAGCCACUGGAACGUACCGAAGCCUGGUCAGACGGGACGCAUCUGGUGUACAGCACAGCAAUAAGUGUGGUUGGUGCCAUCUGGAGAUUUAGACACGCUCAAGAGCUGUGCCCGGAGAUGCACCUGAGGUUACUUAUCCUGCCCAUGCUUCUCGACGAUGAAUUUGUAGCUUUCGUGGAAGAGCGGCGGCCGAGAGCCCUGGCGAUCCUUGUGCAUUACUUCGUCAUGUUACGCUGGUUGAGUAAGAUGUGGUACAUUGGUGACGCUGGGCACCGAGAAGCGUGGGCAAUUCUUCAAGAGCUGCCAACAGAAUGGCAGGGGUUGCUGAGUGAGCCUAUUGGAAUGCUGGAGAGCUCAUAA